AUGAAAGCCUACUCCAGGAAUGGGUCUUUGGCUGGAGUUUCCACCUUCUUCAAUACUUUCAAUAUUUCUAAUGAAAGCCAGGCUUCCCCCGAUGAUUCCAGAAUUAUUCAAGCUGUGUUAAUGUCUUGCAUGAUCAGCGUGACGGGAACAGGAAAUGCUUUGGUCAUUCUUGGUUUUAUAAUAGAUAAGAAACUUAGGACCCCAAGUAACUACUUUAUAUUAAACCUGGCCAUCAGUGACUUCUUCACAGGUACCUUCUCUCUCCCACUGUACCUGCAGAAUUACAUUAUCAACAAAGAAUGGGUACUUGGAAAACAUAUUUGCAAGCUUUGGCUUACAGUUGAUUAUACCUUGUGCCAAUGUACAGUUUAUAACAUUGUUCUCAUCAGCUGUGACCGUUUUCUGGCUGUCACCAGAGCUGUGAAAUAUCGGGAUCAGCAAAAAAUAAUGAAACUGGCCUUUGUGAAGAUGCUUUCUGUUUGGAUUAUAGCCUUCCUUAAUUUUGGCCCAGCGAUAAUAAUCUGGGAAUAUGUGGUGGGCUACAGCGUAGUACCAGAUGGAGAAUGUAACCCAGAAUUUAAUUAUACAAGUCGCUACUCACUCUACUCCUCCAUUUUUGACUUUUUCACACCAAUGACAGCAAUAGCAUUCUUUAACCUCAGUAUAUACUUUAAUAUCAGGAGUAGAAUGAAGAUUAAAGUCCCAUAUCCUGAGAAUAAUUCAACUCUUUUAUCAGGAGAUGGAAGAAGUGAUGAUAUAUUUGUCAUAGAUUGUAAAAAAGACAAUUCAAAUAGUCCGGCAGCUUUAAAAAAACCUAAUCAGGAACCUUCUAGAAAUAAGUGCAGCUUCUUCAGAUAUUUUGUAGCAAUUUGUGAAGACAAUCAUACUCCGCUAGCUGAGAAAAAUAGUGAAAUAUCAAAUAGAGCUGUGGCGCUGGAUUCUGCCAGAAACUCAGCAUUGUCCAAGGACAAGAAAAUAGCAAAAUUAUUAGCUCUGCUUGUUUGUACAUUUUGCAUCUGUUGGGCACCAUAUGCUUUCCUUACUAUUAUCUCAGAGUUCUUUUGUGAUGUUUGUGUGUCCCCAGUUGUGUUUGAUGUCACCUGCUGGCUAUUCUUCUUCAAUUCAUCAAUUAAUCCUUUUCUGUAUCCAUUCUGCCACCCUGCAUUUAAGAAAACUCUAAUGCAGCUUUUUUGCCUUAGAAAACAUUAUGGAAAAAAGGAAUAA